AUGCUCGAGGGUCGUAUCGUUACGGUCAAUUCCAAGUGUGGGUUCAUCAAGACGAGGUGCCGGUCAUCCGAAAAUGCCGGGCGAAAAGCAACGGGACAGGGAUCGAGUUGGCCCGUCUAUCGACUGGCUUCUUGUUCCGAGUCGCAUCACCCGUGCGAGAUUAGCGGAGGUUAUCACUAUCUAAGCCUGUCAUUAUCUUUGAUUUGUGCUAGAAUUGCCAUGGUCCACUUUCGAUUUCCUCGUGCGCACUCGGUUGCCUGUUGGCUUCUGGGGGCCGCUUGCUUGUUGGCAACAACGGAUGUAUCCGAUGCCGCCGUUUCGAUUACGGAGCACCGGCAUUUGCGAUCCCUGCAGGAAGGCACAUGCCCAAGGGAGACUCUGGUCCCCAGCGAUGAGGGCCAAGACUGCGACAUGGUUGAUUUGGUUUGUCCGCUCGAAACGGAGUGCCCCAUCUGGGACGGGACAGCGUGUGUGGAUACUGUGGUCGAAUCCGUCUGUGUUUGCGUCGACAACGUAUGGUCCUGUAACGUGCCAAACUGCGCUCCUUGCGACGGACAGCCUAGUGAAUGCCCCGAAGAAAACUUGCAACUUUCCGAUAUGUCCGGGCCUUGCGAUAUCACCGAUGAUAUUGUAUGUCCGUUCGAUGCGGGGCAAUGCGAUGUCUGGGACGGUCAAGCCUGCGUCCCCCAGGACAUAGUCACAGACUGCUUUUGUAGCGGUGGGAUGUGGACGUGCGCGCUUCCGAGUUGUGUUCCGUGCGAUCCUCCAACCGGGGCAACGGAUGUUAGCUGUCCGGAACCGGAACUCGGAGAAAACGAAGGAGAGUGUGCUGCCGAAGGACUGGUUUGUCCCCUGCUGGCUGGAGAGUGUGAUGCGUGGAACGGACAAGCCUGUGUGCCGGAGGAAGUUGUUACCAGCUGUUUCUGCAGUGCGGAACUCGAAUGGAUCUGUGCCGUGCCGAGAUGUCCCCCGUGUGGACCACCGAUCACGCCUACUACGGAAUGUCCGGGAAAGCCCUUGCAAGAAGCAGAUAUCUUAGGCGAAUGCGAUGUGCCCGAAGGCGUGUCCUGUCCUUUCAAUGCUGGUUCAUGCGAUGUGUGGGACGGUAAAGGCUGCAUUGCGGAAGACGUCAUUACGUCCUGUAGUUGUGAAGGAGGAGAAUGGAUCUGUGCCAUGCCUGGAUGCGCUCCCUGUGAACCUCCGAUCGACAGUGAUUCCUGCCCGGCAGAGCUUCUACAAGAAGCGGAUGUCAAUGGACCAUGUGAUGCCGAGGGGCUCGAUUGUCCCUUUAAUGCUGGUCAGUGUGAGGUAUGGAAUGGAGAAGCAUGCGAGAUGCAAGAUGUUACCACAAGCUGUUUCUGCGAAGAAAACGAGUGGAUCUGUGCCGUACCGGACUGCGUUCCUUGCGAGCCUCCAACGAAUGCUAAGCCAUGCCCAGCUGAGGGGCUCCCCUCCAGUGCAGUCAGUCAGCCUUGCAAGUCGGAAGGUUCCGAGUGCCCUCUGAAUGUCAACACAUGCGAUGUGUGGAAUGGUACCGCUUGUGUGCCACAGGAUACCGAAGCGAUGUGCGUGUGUGCGGAAUUGGCGUGGACAUGUGCGAUUCCCGAUUGUGUGCCUUGUGCUGCCGAGUCUCUUCCUGGACAAAGCGAUUUGGAACCAUCUGGGGAACCAAGUGUUAGUCCAACGGGAACUGUUUUUCCUGAUACGAUGCCACCAAGCAUCGUUGCCUCGGAUGUGGAUGGAGAGGUGCCCUCAAAUUCGCCAAACGGUGCUUUGGACAGCAGCCUUUCGCUGCUACCCACUGCGGUCGCAUCGACCCUUGAUCCAACAGCUGUUUCGGAGACGGGCAGCAACAUCGAAUCCUUUUCAUCGAGUUCCCGAAAAGCCUCUUAUGCAAAGCUCUUGGGUACGGCAGUCAUGGCAUUGGGCUGGUCGUUGGCUAUUUGCAGUUAGAGCAUUUCUUUCUACUGUCGAAUCCUUAAUUAACAUCCGCAUGAUUAGUAAAAACGUUAAGGCAACUUACAUGCUUUG